CGAUAUUCUAACCUACUUCUCAGUAUCUACUUCCAUUCCUCAAAGAUCGUCUGGGCGUUGUACAGCCAACCUGUGCUUUAAAGGACAAUAAAUAUGAAAGCUGCCAUACACACAGGCGACAGAAAGGUCACAGUCGAAGACCGCCCAAAACCAGUCAUUUUGGAACCCACCGACGCUAUCGUGAAAGUCUUAUAUACCACAAUUUGCGGGACAGACCUCCACAUUCUCCAAGGUCACGUCCCGUCAUGCACCCCAGGCCGCAUUCUCGGUCAUGAAGGAGUCGGCAUUAUUGAAUCCCUCGGUGUCGCUGUUAGGAACUUCACCGUUGGCCAGAAGGUUCUCAUUUCAUGCAUCACAUCUUGCGGGACUUGUCAUUACUGCCGUAGGAAGAUGCCGUCUCAAUGUGAAUCCGGCGGUUGGAUUCUUGGAAAUACAAUUGAUGGCACACAGGCUGAGUAUGUCCGCAUUCCUCAUGCCUUGUUCUCGCUACAUGAGCUGCCAGAGAGCAUCGACUUGAAAGUCGCUGUUACUCUAUCAGAUACCGUACCAACUUCUUAUGAAUGUGGUGUCCUGAAUGGUGAUAUUCAACCUGGGUCGACUGUCGCGAUCAUAGGAACUGGCCCGAUUGGAUUGAUGAUCCUCCAAAUGACGAGAAAUCUGUUCGGUCCAUCGAUGACGGUAAUGGUGGGAAGGGGUAAUCCGAGGCUCGAGAUGGCCAAGUCCAUGGGCGCGGACCACACAUUCAGUGUUCUCGACGGACAGGAUGAUGUGGUUGCUUCUGCUCUAGCGGUGACCAAGGACCGAGGGUUCGAUGUGGUGAUCGAAGCCGUGGGUACCGUCGAAUCUUUCGAGAUUGCGCAAGCUCUGAUAGGCGCUGGUGGGACUAUCGCCAGCCUGGGUGUCUUUGGUGAAUCGUGCGAGCUUCACCUGGAAAAGCUGUGGAAUCGCAAUAUCUGUUUAAGAACUCGACUCAUUGAUGCUGUUAGUACACCCGAUUUGCUCAAGAUGGUGGAGUUAGGUAGCAUUGAUCCUCAUUUUCUGGUCUCACACAAUUUCGCAUUUGAUGAAAUCCACGACGCCUACAAGGCAUUUGAGUUAUCUUCCAAAUGUGGCGCCUUGAAGGUGAUAAUCACCAUGCCCAGGCUUCUUACGAAUGGUUCUUCAUAGUUUCCUUUUUAGUGCUCAUUAUCUUAUUAUAAGAAUGAACUUAAUUACUUGUAUAUUCCAGAAUAUCCAUUAAGCAAAUUACACUUCUCCUAGUCUAAUGCAUAAAUACGAGUGUUAAAAA